AUGGCUUUAGAAAACACUACCUUUAAAGAAGCAGAAACCAUAGCUAACAAUCCGUCAUACGCUAAGAGAAAAGAAUAUGUCAAAUAUGCAAAGGUAUUUCCGAUGUCUGAAAUGCUAGAUUUCAAAAUUCCUUCAAAAUGGUACCGAAGAACAGUGGGAGGGCUAGAAAUGAUCUGUGGUAGUGCAAUGGCAUUUUGGCCAAAUCCUUUUUAUUCUGAAAUAAAAAUCAAAGGUAAACAACUCAAGAAAAAAACAGGAUCUCAAGAAACAGAAAAAAGUACAAAGGAUAAACCCUUUAAUCCUAACAGAUAUGGUAACAGCAUAAAGCAACGUACACAUUUCACAAAUAUUGGACGAAAUAAAAAAAAAUGA